UCUUUUCACACGAUGGGAUCAGUAUGUGGUCGACAGUGGGUUUGUGAAGCAGCUAAACCACAACCCAAGAGUUGGCUUGGAUGUGCUGGAGGUGGUGCCAAUUUCAAAGAGUGAGGCGGUGCAACGCGCAGGUCGAGCCGGCCGAACGGCCUCUGGGAAAUGCUUCCGGGUAUAUAACAAGGAAUUCUGGGAAGAGUGCAUGCCGGAGCACAUGGUUCCAGAGAUCAAACGGACCAGUUUGACAUCCGUGAUGCUGACUUUGAAGUGCCUGGCCAUCCACAAUGUCAUCAGGUAAUCCUCGGGAUGGAUCUCCUCCUUCAAAAUGCUGACCUAGCGCCAAAGCAAGUCUUGUUCCUAUUGGCUCUCUGUUGUUCUUUCUCUGCCCAGCCUACCCUGUAAGAUGG